AUGAAGGAUGAACUCUUCGAUAAGACUGAUGACUUUUUAGUCCUCUUCUUUGGGGGCCCCCAAGAUGUGGGGCCCCACAGGGCCCUCAUAGAGAAGCUGGAAGCAGCAGUUGCUGCUGCAGUGCAGCAGCAGCAGCUCCCCAAAAGGCUCUCUCUCUUCUACGCUUUCAGGAGCAGCACAGAGGAGGGGCCCCCAGCAGCUCCAGGGGGCCCCGCGUUGAUGCUUUAUAAAGGGCAAAGGAAGAAAAGAUUGUCUUUGGACCUGCAAGAGGCGCAGCUGCUGCUGCAGGACCCUCUCAGCAGGAGCAGCAGCAGCAGCAGCAGCAGCGACAGCAGCAGCGACAGCAGCAGCGACAGCAGCAGCAGCAGCAGCAGCAAGCCAUCAAUUGACUGGCUGCUGGAAAACCACGUGAUGCCCGAGAUGCAUGCGUUCUUCCAGCCCCAAAGUGAGGAGCGGCAGCAGCAGCAGCAGCAGCAGCAGCAUGCAGCAGCAGCAGCAACAGCAGCAGCAAAUAAAAUCCUCAAAGCGAAGGCGCUGCCGGUGUCUGUCACCUACGACACCUUCAAGCGAGAGGUGCUGGAAGCAGCAGCAGCAGGGCCCCCCGUGCUGCUGCAGCUGCAGGAAGAUGGCUGCUUCCUUUGCUUCUUAAUGAGGCCUUUUAUCAACUCUGUCUCGCAGCUGCUGGCCAAACACAACGUGCCCUUAACUAUCAAACGCCUCAAUUUGGCCAAAAAUGAUUUCCCCGAAGAAUGCCCCGUCGCCAGGGCGACGCCCACCUUCGUCCUUUACCACAAGGGCGGCUACGAUCGGUGGGAGGAAUUUAGGCCAAAAGACUUCGCAGCAAAAAUUGUUAAGGAGGCGUCGCUGCCAGCUGAGCUGCAGCAGCAGCUGGAAGAUCUUGUGGAGCAGCUGCAGGACAGGUUUAGAUCAUUCGGCCUUCUCUCUGUCUGGUUGCUGGAGCUGCAGAAGCUGCAGGAUUUGCUGCUGCCGCGAGUGCAGCAGCAGCAGCAGCAGGACGACCCCAAAGCAGCAAAAGCAGCAGAGGACAAAAAGUUUGAAGAUCUUGUGACUGUCUUAAUGGAAGAGGAUAUGUUGAGGACAGACAAUUUGGAAGAAAGUCUUGAGCAUAUAAAAACAGAAAUUGCAGGGGCCCAGGCGGACUGCAUUGCUUUGGCCAUUAUGAUGGGGGAGGAGCUCAUGCGGCAAGAGGUGGACUUCAUGGGCAAAGCCCUCCUCGCAGCAGAGGCGGGGCCCCCCAGGGGCCCCGAAGCAACUGAGGGGGCCCCCAGGGGCCUCCCAGCAACUGAGGGGGCCGCCGGGGGCCCCCAAGCAAGUGAAGGGGCCCCCCAGCCAGACCCACCUAAUUUGGGGGCCCCUCAGGGCCCCCCUGAACAGUCUGGGGCCCCUUUGGAGACCCCCAAGUAA